GCCGAACCUUUUAACGGUGUAAUGUGUUCUAUUAAAUGUGUGAAUUUGGACGCGAAUGCGGCAUUUGGUCGCGCUGAGCCGCCGUAGUUGCGUCACAUGUUGACUUCUGCGGCUAAAGUGGUAGCUAUCGAUAGCUUGGCAACAUUUUCCGGGGGAAAGGAAAGCCGAGAGAAAUAAACGCCGGGUUUUCGGCUAGCUGGUUGUCGCGAACGGAGACACUCGGGAUGUCUUGAAGGAAAAGUGUCGGGUCGGAUAAAAGCUACGCGUUUAGUCGCUGUAUUCGCUGCGACGUGCUAAUGUAGCUAGCUGGCAAGCUAGCCAGGAAGAGUCGAGGCAUCACUGUUGGCUUCAGCUAACGCAGACAGCAAAGGGGCUUACUAAAAAGAGAGCUCCAGAUGCGGCUAAAGGAUCCCUUUUCUUUGAAAGCCGCCGACAUGACAAAGCGGACUAACAAACCGCGGAAACCUCGAGACGAGGAGUCAUCAGACGAAGUCAGUGGACUGACGUGCCAACAUGUGAACAAAGCAGUGGACCUGAGCUCAGUGAAAAAGUCGGUCCUCUCGAGCGUGUGGCUGGUCUGCUCCGAGUGUCUGAGGGAGAGGACGAUGAUCGACGAAGAGCCUGCAGCGUCCCACGACGUCCUGGUGUGCCUAAAGUGUGGUUUUCAAGGUUGUAACAAGUCAGGAAUCCAGCACGCCGUCAAGCAUCACCAGGCGUUUCAUCCAGAGUCACACUGCAUCACAAUCAACCUGAGCACGUGGAAGGCCUGGUGCUUUGAAUGUAACGAGGAGCUCUCCACGCACUGCAACAAGAAGGCUUUGGCUCAGACCCUCGACUUCUUACAGAAGCAUUCAGCCAAGGCGACAUCGGCAACAUCACCAAAGAUCAUCAAGCUGCGAGAGGAACCAUCAGAUUACGCUGAAGCUCAAAGAGGAAAGGGUCCAGGCAUCAACAGCACCCUGGUCCCUGUUAAAGGAAUAAUUAACCUCGGCAACACCUGCUUCUUCAACGCUGUUAUGCAGAACCUGUCCCAGACGCACAUGCUCAUUGAGCUCAUUCAGGAAGUGAAGGAGAAAGGGUACAAGCUGAAGAUCUGUCCGCCUGUCGAGGCUAAUCUGAGUCCGCUGACAGUUGUUCUGUCCAGUCCUGACCCGCUGACUGCAGCCAUGAUCCACUUCCUGCAGGGCAUGAAGGAGCCAGGGAAAGGCCCCGUCAAUCCUAAAGUCCUCUUCAACCAGCUCUGCCAGAAAGCUCCACGCUUCAAAGGAUACCAGCAACAAGACAGCCAGGAGCUUCUGCACUACUUACUGGACUCCAUCAGAGUAGAGGAAACUAAAAGGGUGAAAGCAGCCAUUUUAAAGGCUUUCAACAAUCCAACAGAGAAGACUGCAGAUGAGGAGACCAAACGCCAAGUCAAAGCAUAUGGAAAAGAAGGUGUGAAGAUGGCCUUUGUUGACCGGAUCUUUGUAGGCGAGCUUACCAACACAAUAAUGUGUGAAGAGUGUGAGCAUAUCUCAACAGUGAAGGAAGCCUUCAUAGACAUCUCUUUACCCAUCAUAGAGGAGCGGAUAUCAAAACCCUCCAACCCUGGUCGCCUGGGGAAGGGCAGCCGGGAGCAGGACAGCCAUGCAGCUCACAAUGAGCAGCUUCUCUCUGUCAACAAGAACUCCAGGAAGCUUAGCGGACCGAAACAAGUCAACAGGAGGUCUUCCAGCUCCGUGGAAGAAAAGGGAGCCGCCUGUGGCGCUGAGCGAGCAGAGGAAGAGGCGGUUGCGGGUGGAUCAGCACGCGGAGUCUCCGUGUGUAAGAUGGCGGCUGCAGGCAGCCUGUCAGACGGCAGCGAAAGAGAUCUGGCCGCGCAGGACAGUAGUAACGACGCCGACAGCGAGGCCUCUGAGAGCGAGUGGGCCCCGCGCGCCUCGACUCACCCUCACACGUCGACUCCGUCGUCCACAUCCACCCUCACUCCUUCCCCUACGCCCGCCUCUUCUUCUUCUCCCGCGUCAUCGUCGUCGGCGUGCGCGAAGCAGUGUGGCGCUGUGGAGCAGCUAGCCACCGCUGUCUCUAAAGUCAACCUGGGCUUCUCUUCUGGGGACGUGUGCGCGUCAACCCAGUGUUCUCCCGAGGAGCAGGGAGAGACUCAAAGCAGAGAUCAUCUUCACCAUCAGCACCACCAGGGAGCUUUCCAGGCCCUGUCCCACAGUUACACUCCUACCUCCAAAGAGUGCUCCAUCCAGUCCUGCCUGCACCAGUUCACAUCCGUAGAGCUGCUGAUGGGCAACAACAAGCUUCUCUGUGAGAACUGCACCGAACGCAGGCAGAAGCAGCUCCGCAAAAGCAGCGCCGCAGAUAAGAAAGUAGAGAAGAUUUACACCAGUGCCAGGAAACAGAUGCUGAUCUCCUUGCUGCCUCCUGUCAUCACGUUGCAUCUGAAACGCUUCCACCAGGCAGGGAUGAACCUUCGGAAGGUCAAUCGCCAUGUUGAUUUUCCUCUCAUCCUGGAUCUGGCUCCCUUCUGCUCUGCAUCCUGCAUGAACCUGGCUGCCGGUGAGUGCGUCCUCUACAGCCUUUAUGGGAUUGUUGAACACAGCGGCUCCAUGCGGGGCGGCCACUACACCGCCUAUGUGAAAGUGCGGGCCCCUCAGAGGAGAACGGAACAGCGCCACAAGAACCUGUCAGGUGCGAAAGAUGCCGGCAGCAGCUCCCAGGGCCAGUGGGUGUACGUCAGUGACACCACUGUUCAGACGGUGCCAGAGUCCAGAGUGCUCAGCUCUCAGGCAUACCUGCUCUUCUACGAGGAAAUGCUGUGAUGUCAUCUGUCGACGCGACUCCUCCACAUAUCUGUACUUCUUUGUAUCCAAUUUGGGUAACAAUCCUUUCAGCCCCUCGUACCGUUUGAAUAUAUAAAGAGAAGAAAGAAGGGAAUAUAUUCCUCUGCUUACUUGCUUGAUUUACAUAAAGGGAUGUUUUCAAAGACAAAAGACAUGCAAGUGAAAAGAAAUAUGAAUGCCAACAUUGACUGGGUUUUACCUGGCUUUUCAUUUCAAUUCCUUAAUAUGCUUACUCUCGUCUUUUUGCAGAGAGCUUAAGAGAACGAUCGGCUUUGAACCUGAGCUGUUCAGUAUUUAUAAUUUAUCUCAGUCUGUGUCCCUUGCCUAAGGUAUGGAAUGCAUAAUAAUGUUUGCUAGCAGAAUGAAUGCAUGCCGAACUGCGAUCUCCACUGACUUGUCGAUGUCAAUAAACUGUGUGCGCGCACGCGUGUCAGAGAGUGAGUGAGCGAAAGACAAAUGAAUGUAGCUGGAAGGUGCUAUGUAUAUCAGUUAGGCUCAUUACACUAAUUAUCUUUAUGAAAUGAUUCAAUCUAACUAGUCGAUGUGGUUUCCACAGCUUUGCUAACAAUCUGAUUUACCCAGCGAUAUUGCCAAGUUGCUCCUCAGAGGUCUAGGUUUGUCUGCAGCUGCUUUAACGUUGCCAUCAGUUGUAUCCCAUCAUGCACCUGCAAGAGGAGAAUCGGCAUCAGAAACUGUUGGUGUGGAGCUGUUGGCUGUUUUAGUGGGACGAGCUAAGCUGCUACAAUAAAAGUCAGAUCCACUGUUGGUAUAUUGUGGCAUAUAUUAAUGAGUAGUUGUCAGAAAAACACAGGCGGUUUAUUUUAUUAUUGUUUAGUAAUACUGCUGCAAAGGCAAGAAAAGUCAUCUUUAAUUGGGGAAUCUUCAAUGAAUGAUCCCCACUGCCCUUGGUAAACAUCGGUGAACUAAUAAUCAGUAAGGACCCGUAUUUGUGGAUGUAAUCAAAAUUUCUAAGUCAAUAGUUUUACCUCAUAUUUAUCUAUUUUAGAUAUGAUUCAGCCUGCUUCAAGCAGGUAACUUUAGGUAUGUUUGCCCAUGUUUGUCCAGCUUGCAAAGGAAAACCACAUUGGGUCGUAAUCGGUUCACUCAGCGUGCAGAAAACCCAGAAACAAAGUGGAGAAGACGCUCCUUGCAAAAAACGUUUUCAAGAAGAAAAAAAGUCAUUUCUGAUGGGCUUUUUAGAGAUGAACCAGGUAGAGAUUUUGAGGCUGAUAUUCAAUCAAAAAACAGUUUUAUAAAGCUCUGCGCUGCUGACACCAAUUUUAGCCAAUUCCAAUUUUUCUAUAUAUAAACUAUAACUAAAAACUUUUUUGUUUAUAGAACUAAACGAGGAAAUGUUUACAGUAAAAUAAAACAAAGAUUUCUACAAAAACACCUCAAAGUUUGAGUCAUGCGUCUCUGCUUCUUUGUAAGUCUGCAAACAACGUAGAAUCCUGCAUGUUAGGGGACAGAGCCAUCUGUAAAAAUAAAACCCGCUUAACAAGAAUCUCCUUUACCAGACAGAUUACAGUUUACUAAUCUUUUUUUUUUUUUUUCUGUUUCCAUAGCCUAAAUGUAGAAGAGCUCCAUAUCAUGAGAUGUUCUUCAGCUCUGUCUGAGUUACAGUAUUUAAUCUCUGAUUUACAGUUGGGUUAGAUUGCUAAAUGAUUUGUUUAUUUAGUGUAAUUAUAAAGAGCAUUUAAGCAGCUACAGAUUUAUGUAUUAGAAACUAAGGUGAAAUCAUUCUGUGAGAACAGCUGGUGGUCGACAGCUCUGCAGGAAAUCACGAUUUGAUUUAUUUCAAUGGAAAAAAACUAAACAGUGAAACUCUUAAGUAUUUUGUGUUAGUAAUGGUUGUGGCUAGCAUUACUAACUGUAAACAGCAGUCUCUACAAUAAGUACACCGCUGUCAUAGCUGAGGGAGUCAGAUUGCUGAUGUAUCCUAAUCCAGAAUGAUCGGCGACAGGUUGGACUUUUCUGUGAAACAGAGCAGUGUGUCCAUAACGCAUUCAUCUUCCCGUUGCCUGCUGAAGAGUCGCCCUCUGUUCAGAAAAUGGCUUCUUUUCUACAAGCUCCGUAAAGCUUUUCCAUCUCCUCGCUCUUGAUUUUCAAACACCUCACUGAUACACUAAGGAGCUGAAUGCUCUUCCCUCUGAAACAACUUCCACUCUGAAGAUUGUUUUCGUCAGCGCCGCCUGUUAACACUCAGGUGUCGGAUUAGGGUUAGGCUAUUACCGAUUUGCUGCUAGUCUCUGGAUUUCUCUUGGUGUUUUUUUUUUUUUUCUACCCUGCUCUAAAGUAAAGACAAUACAUUAUAGGACAGAAACGUAUUGUGUGAAUGCAAAUUGUUUUAACAUUAGUAAAAAUGAGAAACCCACUAAUAUUACAACGGCUAGUUUUACACUUUCAUCACUAAUCGUUUAAGUUUAAUCCUCCUGUAAUAUAACCUCGCUAAUACUAAUCAAAACUGCUAGGCAUAGCACCUUUUAAAAGCAGCGCAGCACUUAUUUUACAAGCCUCCUCGCUUUUUAUUAAAUCAGAAUGUAUAAAUAUCAGUCUAUCUGUGAAACGGGUUUUGCCAAAGACAGGUUUCGCAAGACGGAGCAGAGUUUACGUUAUCACUCGUAGUAUUUCGAGGUCAUCAGUGCACCGCACCGCACAAACGAACAUGGACGACGUUUCUUAAAGUGACAGGACCACGUCUGCCUCCAUCGGGUUUGGAACUGGCUGGGACGAGGCGCAGCAGGAGAUUCACAAUGCUGUGAUGUAGAUACAGAGCAGCAGAUGUUAUCUUUUCUAAUGCCGUCACAGAGAUAGGAGGAAAAAAUGUAAUUUAAUAAUAGAAAAUGUGUAAAAGGCUUUAGGUGUAACGAAUACAAUCCGUUUGGAGAAAUGUUCAAAUGAAUGUGUUGCCUAAUCCAGGCAUUUUCUUUUCUCUCUUGCGCGCCAAUCAUUGACUAUUGGGUCACAACAUUAAGAGUUUUAUGUUUAUUGUCGUUUUUUCAACAAGGAUGAAAUCAGUGCCUGUGCCUCCAUAUUAAGAUACAUGUGUAUGAUGAGAAUGAAAGUGUAAAAUAAACAGGGAUAUGUGUGUCUGAUUUAUGUACAGUGCUGUUUCCUGUUGGCAGAAAAAGUACAGAGUGUGUGUAUUCGUGUAGGAGAUGCAGCGCAACCUCAUGGUGCUUUGGGCGUGAAAGACUUUUGCUCCCUGGAAUUGAAAGCAACACAAAAGCGAAAUCCUGUAAUGCCUCAACAAACGUUUUGGAACGAGUAUAAAACACGUUGCAUCAAAAAUAAAUCCGAUUUGUGAACGGCA